AAGCAGCAAACAGGUACUUCUCUCUCAACACUGACAGCAACAGUUUAACAACUCUGAACACCUUGGACCUCAGUUCCCAAAAGCACAGUUUCCUGGUCUGAAUGCUGUUUUAUCCUGAUAUUCUCCAGAAGAACCGGCUUCAAAUAAAAUCUUUUGAGACUCUCUUCUGAAUCAGAAGGAAGCCUGGAAAACUUAAAAUAUCAACCACAUUUUACAAAUUAGUGUAAGGGCAAUCCAAAACCUAAUAAUUGAAACAAAAAGAUGAGCCUCCUCAAAGAACGUAAGCCAAAAAAACCUCAUUAUAUCCCAAGGCCUCCAGGAAAACCAUUCAAGUACAAGUGCUUUCAAUGCCCCUUUACCUGCAAUGAGAAAUCACAUCUUUUCAACCACAUGAAGUAUGGGCUCUGCAAAAACUCAAUUACUUUAGUAUCUGAGCAGGAUCGUGUUAUCAAGUGUUCAAAGUCAAAUUCCUUGGAGCCUAAACAGAUCAAUCAGGCAGAACCUGCAGCCAAACCAACUUCCUCUAAACCCCUCUCAAAUCUCGACUCUAAACCUCAGUAUAUUUUUGCCAAAGACGAUGCCAAGGAAAACAUGGAGGUUCAAAACCAAGCAACAGGUAAAGUGGUAAAUGGGCAAACACCAUCAAUUCAGAAGGAAACUCUUGUGGGUCAUGAAGAAGAAAAUACAGCCAACACACAGACAGGUCUUGAAGGCAUUGUAAGACCUUCUGCUUUUGUUCCUGUAGGAGAGCGUCGUCACAGUAAAGACAGCAAUGAUAUGUCUCAGUUGACAUCUCUUUCAGAUUCAAACAAAGGCUCUUCUUUCCAUACCAAGUCAGCAUUUCAUGCUCCAAACAACCCAUGGAAAACCGGUUCCACGCUUAUUUCACCAGAUUUUACUCAUAAAAUUCCAUCUGCAAAAGGCUUUACUUCCAUUCCAUCUUAUAUGCAGCCUAUAAUUCCUGAAUAUUCACCUUCAUUAUAUGAGCAUGGACUGGCUAUCUAUGCACCUUACUUCCUUCCAGGAAACUCUGAGUGUGAAAGUUCAGUGCUCUCUGUCUACAGCUCUCAAGAUCAGAGACAUUUUCUUCCUCACCCUGGACCACUUCCUAAACCAAUAAAUCCAGCAACUUAUGAACACUACCGUUUAUUCCAGCAGUAUCACCCUAAUCCUCCAGUACCAUAUGGAUUCUGUAGACCAACAGAAUCAGCAUUUUACAGGCUACCACACAUUACAAGUCUUAACAGGGACUCCAGUUCUCAUUUAAUGGAAGACACAACCCUGCUGUAUCCAGCUUCCUCAAGUCCUGCCAGGUUACAUUCAUUGAAUUCUCAUAAAAAAACAGCUGAUUCUGAAAAAGAAAGCUCUAUGCUGCAUGCCAAAAAUCAUUCCAAAGAGGACCAAAAUGAGAGAGAGAAUGCCAAAAUGAGCCCUCGUGCUGGAAGUGCAGCAACAGGGUCCCCAGGCAGACCCAGCCCAACAAACUUCACUCAGACAAGCCAUGGUUGUGAAGGUCUAUUUGACCUUUCUAGCAGGUCAUCAUCUAUUAAUAUUAACAAAUAUGAUCAAUCUGAAGAAAGUUGUACAGCAUUCAGACCUGUGAGGAAAAGUACAGACCAAUCUACUCUUCCCCUGACAAAGGAAGACAGAGGAAACUCACCCAGGAGUAGUGAUGUCACUAGUGAAAAUGAAACUAUACCGCAUGCAAGCGACGGUAAUGAGGAGCCUCUAUCCAAUUCCGACGACGACACAGGGAUAGUGCCACUUAAUCUUUCCAAGAAGCCAGAUGCAAACAUUGUUCAUGAACAUAUGUACAAAAACGCUCUUCAGGUAGAAAACCAGAACUUUAUGGAGCUUCAGGAAAUGCCUCUCAAUCUCUCUGUAAAAGACAACUGUAGCAUAAAAUUAUCCUUCCAGAGGCCAUCAUAUGAAGCUGAAGAUAGUGAACCUCAAAAAACUGAAAAUGAACAUUUAGGAACAGAGGCAUGCAACCUUAAGGAUCAUACGGGCAGGGGUUCUUCUGAUAAGGCCCUUACCAUGAUGCAGAUGAAAGAAGCUCAGGAACUCAGGACCAUUGACAACUGCGAUGAACAAAAACAAACUGCAGCUGUUGCUCUUUGUCAGUUAGCUGCCUAUAGUCCUAGUAAAGUCCAACUAGAAAGUGCACAGAAAAGUAAUCAGGACAGCAAUUCUCAGUAUACAGAGUCUGCUCCUGAACAAUCAGAUACUCAGGACAAUCACGCCAGUCAAAAAGGAAAAGGACAAAAAAGGACCAAUCAAAGAGAAGUGGCAAAACUGCAACAAGGAACAAAACGAGUACGAACAAAUGACUGCAGUCGAGUGUUUACUCUGAGAAAGAGAACCAGAGUAUCAUAAUAUUUCCCUCUGUAAUCCACUACCAGCUACAUACAAGAACAGUUGCCAAGUACGCUAUCCACCAGGAAGCUAAGACAAGCUUUUCAGUACCAAUUCCUAUUUUUUCCAAUCUGGCAGACUUAUUGGAUCCAUUCAGGUUACAACAUGUAAAUAUAAACUGUUCUUAAUUUUGUAUUUAUGUUUGAAAGUACCCCAACUAUCUUCUGACUAUAACCUGAUUUUUUGAGUGAACGUUUAAAUGUAAACUGAAGCUAAUGAUGUGUUUCUUAAGUGCACUAUGGUGGAAUGACUUUACAUCCACUUUUAUUACCAGAGGUGUAACCUAUUAAAGUAAGAAUAUCUUAUUCAUGACAUUGGGAGUGCCAUACCAUGUCUGUGACUCAUUUUGUUUUCAAGUAUGUUUUAGUUUAGUUUUUGUUAUUGAAUUUUUUGUUGAUUCUUCUGCAAUUUAACUAAUUGUAAAAAUUUCCAUUGCUUUUUAAAGCUUAGCAAUUGUUGAAUUCUGAAUGAGAAUACACUUUGAUAACUGAACUUGGGGUAGUUACAAUAAUCUUUGCUAACAUAUAGAUUUGCACUGGUUUUAUUCAAAAUCAAAUGGCACAAUGCAAACAUGGCAUAAAUUAAUCAAAAUCUAAACUGAGGUUGGUUUAACACUCCCUUUCUUAACAUCUGUGCUGUCAUGUCUUUUUUGUAAUUCCACUGCAAAUCCCAGUUAAUGUAAUGCAUAGAAAUGUGUGAAGCUACACUGUCAUUGUACUGGUACACUACAUAUUAAAAAUCGUUUGCCAGCUCACCAAUAUUUCACAGUGGUAGGAUUCUACUGACAUGACAGCAUUGCAACUGAACUGUCAUCUCAGUGUGGCCACACAGUCUUUGCAAAUCUUUAACAAAAGAAUUAUUUAAACCACACCUUAAAUUAAACUAAUUCAAAUCUCAAGGUUGGGAUUUUUCAAGAGAGUUUUAAAUGACAGAGGUGGAGUGAUGCUCCCACGCAAAUGCUUUCAUGCUUCCUAGACUACAUCUUUAGACAUCAAGCACCUGGUGAACAUGCGUCUGAGGAAAUAUUUAUUUUAGUUCAUAUUAAAAAGAACACUGCUGGUGAAGGUGUUAUUUCUGUACUUUGCAUCCAUACUAAUUUGUAAGCAUUAAAAUAAUGGCAUGCUAAACUUGGGGGAGGAUGUUUUGAGAACCUGGUGAAAGUCAUUUUCUAUUUUAUGAGUUAUUAGUCUGACAGCUUUUUCUAAUUUUGCAGUAAAAUGCUAUGUAUUAUACUGGCAAAAUAAUUAUUAUGGCACAAAUAAAAGUGUUUAUAUUG